AGUGGAGACGAGAGUUAUCGCGCUGUAUGUUUUCCGGUUUUCGGGGGACCCCCCAGUACUCGCAGGCGUACCGUGGGACCACAGUAGGCUGCGGCUUACCGACCGCCCCGGCCACCCCGUGGCCAUCAUGGAUUGGGGUUUUCACGGGACAAGAAUGCUGGCUCUCAGCACACGGACCCACUCUUAGUAUCAUAUGUUGAUCCUUGGUAUCGUGACUUGCGCUGACUUGGCUCGCAGCCGCACCCCAGCUAGCUUAUCCCGAACCCCCACAGCCAGAAAGCCUCUUUGUCUACGAGUACGAAUAUUUUUUACCCCAUACUUUUUGGGUCUAGGGGAGAGGGGAGGGGGGUGAUGACCAUAUAAAUGCGGUAUCAGACUCCCCUUCUCCUAGCAUUGCUUGGGUGCUAUCGUUUUCACAGCACCUUCAAUCCUAUUCGCACAAUACCAUUAUACCGAUUCCCUGCUACCGACUCCUGCCUUAACAAUGGCAACGAAAACAGAAGAUCUCACUGAACUCUCCAACAUCAUCUCUGCAAGUGCAAACAGCUAUCUCUCCCACGUCCCAGCUCCACCAACCCUCCGACCAGCACCUCCGGUCCCCGUGACCGACGAGGUAGCCAUCGAGGCUAGAAAACAACUCUUGACGGCGUGUCGGAGGGUGAUUUCUCUGGUUGGGGGCCCCAUGGAGACAGUUAUGGGGAUGGCAGUGGGGCUCCACGAUACUGCUGUUGUGAAAUUGGCCUACGACAUGAAACUUGCGCAGAAUGUGCCGCUCGAUGGGUCGCCUAUUGCUCUGGCGGAGUUGGCUGCGAAGACGGGGGUGCCUGAGGAGACUAUUAGUUGGUUUUGUCUUCACUAUAUCGGGUUAGUGAGUGGGGGAUAGCGUGCUGAUGUGUUUUGCUUCCCCGGAGGGUACAGCGAGGGUGAUGCGAGCAUUGACUUUUAAGGAUGUGUUUGUCGAGACGGAGCCGGGAUAUUUUGCGCAUACUAGUGGCUCUGCGGCCAUCGGCGUUCCUGGAAUUGAGGCUAUGGUUGGGCAUUUGUGAUUAACACCCCCAUUACUUUUUGCUCUCUCUCACGGUUUUUGAUUACUCAUCGUUUUCCGCAGGACUGGCGAAACUUUUAUCUCGGCCCCACACAUCUCUGACGUUCUGCGCGAAAAUAACUUUGUGAUUCCCGAAGACAAUAGGAAAACCGCCUUCAGUCGGGCCUUCAAUGGUAUCCCGUCCCCUUCUCUCUCCACAAACCCAACAUGACUAACCCCCCUCAUAGUGGAUAAGACUUUCUUCGAAUAUCUCUACACCGACAACAAACCCAUGGGCACACGUUUCGGCAAGGCCAUGAAGGCCAUGAGCACUGCCCGUGGCCCAUUAAAUCUCGUGGCGCUUUACGAGCCCCUCUUUUCCGCUCCCAAGGGCACAACAUUGGUAGACAUCGGCGGUGGCAUCGGACACAUCGCCAUCGCUGCGGCGCAAAAGUUUCCAAACCUGAAAUGCGUUGUACAGGAUAUAGGAAUGGUGAUCGAUGAGGGGCGGGAUGGGCUUCCGGAGGAGCUUAAAGACCGUGUGGAGUUUCAUGAGAAUGACUUCUUUGAAGGGCAGCCGAUUGGUGGGCCUGGGGUUUACUACUAUCUCAGGCAUAUCUUGCAUGACCAUCCUGACCCGUAGGCUUCCGCCUCAUCUGCUUUCUUGGAGAAGGGAUACUAGCUGAAUGGGGGCAAUAUAGCGGUUGUAAGAAGAUCUUGUCGCACAUUGCGAACGCUAUGGAUUCUAGCUCCAGAAUCCUCAUUGAUGAGAGCAUUAUGAGUGAGCGUAUGGGUCCUGAUGGCGACAGGGCGACUAUCGUUAAGGACCUUCAAAUGCUUAUCAUGUUAAAUGCCAAGGAGAGGACAGAAGCUCAGUGGGCGGCGUUGCUGAAGGGUGCGGAUGAGAGAUUGGUUAUUGAGAAGUUGUGGAGGGCUAAGGGGAACGGCAACGCAAUUAUUGAGGCUAGAUUGGCUUGAUGGUGCCCAUUGGCAACUGUUAAUGGAACUGUGGGCUUAUGGAAUGAAUGGUUGAAUUGGUUCAUUGUCAUCUUCGUCAUUCAUUCCCCGGUGGUCCCGCAUUUUGGCGCAACGGGGUGUAGGGCUGGGGAUGUAGACUUCCAGCUGAAAGAUAUUGUCAUUGAGCCUUGAUAGUUUGUGCCGUGCACGAGUGCUGUGAUUGCACAUCUCGUAAGUGGUGGUGGGGUGGUCACCCUGCGUCACUCGUGCUGUAGAGGGACCCGAAUAAUUGACCCACGUGCGUUUGAUUUCUCGAUG